AUGAGGGUGCAAUCCCGAGCCCUGAUGGCUUCUGCCCUGGUGUAUUUCAUCCAGCUUCCUUGGGCAAGAUGUGAGGAGAACUGUGUCAAUCCUGAACAUUGCCUGACCACAGAUUGGGUACAUCUCUGGUAUAUAUGGUUGCUGGUGGUCAUUGGGGCGCUGCUUCUCCUGUGUGGCCUCACUUCUAUGUGCUUCCGCUGUUGUCUGGGUCACCAGCAAAAUGGGGAAGACGAGGGCCGGCCACCCUAUGAAGUGACGGUCAUCGCUUUUGACCAGGACAACACGCUCCAGAGCACGAUCACUUCCCUGCAGUCAGUGUUUGGCCCUGCGGCUCGAAGAAUCCUGGCCGUGGCUCACUCCCCCAGCUCCCUGAGCCAGCUGCCGUCCUCCCUGGACACCCUCCCAGGGUAUGAAGAAGCUCUUCACAUGACUCGCUUCACUGUUUCCAGGUGUGGCCAGAAAGCACCUGAUCUACCCCCAGUGCCAGAAGAAAAGCAGCUGUCCCCAACGGCAAAGGAAUCUCCUCCAAUAGAACACUGUUCUAAUUGAUGGGAACUCUGGUUUCAU